GAUUUUCAUCAUGGCGGCAAGACAUGUAUAAGAAAAUGGUGAUUUUUAGGCUUAUAUCUCGGCAUUAUUUGCGCAAGUGCCUGUUUAUUCGGAAUAUUUCCCACCUUCAUCCAAGAGAAAAGAUACUGAGCCCAAUAUUCACGCGUUCCAUUUCAGAUGCCAUAGUAAGAGUCAAACAAUCGUUGACUGCAAAAUUGAACGAGACCACGAGGAACGAGGUUCAUGCGGGAGGUACUAAUUUAUUUGUUGGAACAGGGCAGUAUUUUGAAGACGAGAAGAAUGAGAGGGUUAUAGUACUGUCCUUAGGAGACGAUGGAAACUCGAGACCACCACUUAUGUUGCUGGAUACUAUAAUACCUCGCAAUGAGGUUGAUACUUUGGAAAACGAACUGAAUUCCCUUCCCUCUGUUAAUUCAGUUCGUUCUGGCGAGUUAGACAGUAUACAGCAUGGACCAUGGAAAUUUGGGUUUGUUCAAAAGCCUUCCUUUUCAGUCUUCUCAACAUUUGGGUUCUGUUGCCAACUCCAGUAUUCCAGUUUACAAGGAGCAUAUCUAAGAAUUUUUGGUAAAGGUUUAUAUGAAGAUAUUCUGGUUUCAAAUAUUGAACAUGUCCAAGUGUCCCUCUCUCCUGAACCACGGGAAGAACGGAGGUUGCAACUAAAAAUGAAGAAUGGAGAUGUUGUUAGCAUAGUUGAGGACUGUUUGGAAAAUGUGACCAGCGAGCAUGGUUUAGCUUCUCUCAUGAUCUCUACAGAGUGGAUGGUCAAGUGUGCAGGUCACUUGUGUGUGACAGUGAGACACUUGGGAGGAACCCUCUCCUUAAAACUUCCUUCUGUUCUAAGAGCAGAUGUCAACCCAUGGGUAGCGAUGAGGAACAAACUCUGGGCUGAGAAAAUUAACAAUGAAAGUUGAAGAUGCACGACAGCCAUAUUAGGCCGGGUUUAGGGCCAUUGCUAGCAUGAGGUAAGGCAAAGAGAGCUGCCUCAUCAACAAUGUAUGUUGUAUGAACAAAUGACAAUUGCUCUUUUCCAUGGGUUUCAGUUUCUGCAGCAUGUUUCAGAUUUUGAGGGAGGGCAAGCAUCCCUUUGUGUGGCCUCCACAGUAGGUCUUUUCUGGGUGCCUGUUAUUACUAGAAGUCUGUUAUAUUAUAAGGCCACCCUUAGCAAAUGGCCUACUGACAAUUUAAUACAGGUUUGACCAGUCUAAAGGGAAACUAAGGAAAGUAGAUGGUGUGGAGACGAUGUACCCUUCAGAAGACAGAUUAACUUCUCCUUAAGCUUAAAGAAGAGAAAUUGGGGGGUGUUUGGAAAGGAAAGCCCCAAGUGGCCUCUAAUAAACUACAUUCCCUUGUACAGUGGAACCCAAUUAAUAUGGACAGCCAGAC